CCCGGACCUCCGCCCGGGUCUGCCUGCUGGAAGACCGGAAGUCCCGGAGCCCGCGGCGUUGCGCAUCUGAAGUCGGUGAGCGCAGGGCCCAGGGGAUCAGAGCCGCUUUCUGCUCCCAGCGUACAGAGAGCGGCUUCUCAGCCUCUGCAGCGGCUUGGACAACAGCCACAAGACCGUGUGGCGCUCGAGUGCGCAGAACUGCACCAUGGACGCACUCACUGAAGCAAAUGGAACCUUUGCCAUCCGUCUUUUAAAGAUACUGUGUGAAGAAAACCCUUCACACAAUGUGUUUUUUUCUCCCCUGAGCAUCUCCUCUGCCCUGGCCAUGGUCUUCCUGGGGGCAAAAAGAAACACCGCUGCCCAGAUGGCCCAGGCUCUUUCUUUAAACAUGGAGGAAGAUAUUCACCAAGGUUUCCAGUCACUUCUUACUGAAGUUAACAAACCUGGCACUCAGUACUUACUCAGAACAGCCAACAGGCUCUUUGGAGAAGAGACAUAUGAUUUCCUCUCAACAUUUAAGGAAUCCUGCCUUCAGUUCUACCACGCUGAGCUGGAGCAGCUCUCCUUUGCCAAAGCUCCAGAGAGGUCCAGGAAACAGAUAAACACUUGGGUCUCCAAAAAGACUGAAGGUAAAAUUCAAGAGUUGUUGCCAGGUUACUCAAUCGAUCCACAGACCAGGCUGGUUUUUGUCAAUGCCAUCUAUUUCAAAGGAAGGUGGAAUGAAGAGUUUAAUAAAACAUACACAAGGAAAAUGCCUUUUAAAAUAAACCAGAAGGAGCAAAAACCAGUGCAGAUGAUGUUUCAGGAAGCUACGUUUAAAAUCACUUACGCAAAGGAGGUGCAGGCCCAGGUCCUGGAGAUGCCCUAUGCCGGGGAAGAGCUGAGUAUGGUCAUUCUGCUCCCCGAUGACAACGUGGAUCUCAGCACGGUGGAAAAGAAUCUCACUUUUGAGAAAUUUGUAGCCUGGACCAAGCCAGACUGUAUGAGCAGCACUGAAGUUGAAGUCCUCCUUCCAAGAUUUACACUGGAAGAAGAUCAUGACAUGGAAUCUGUACUUCAAAAUUUGGGGGUAGUUGAUGCCUUUCAGCAGGACAAGGCAGACUUUUCUGCCAUGUCGGCUGGGACAGACCUGUUCCUGUCCAAGUUUGUGCACAAGUCCUUCUUGGAGGUCAACGAGGAGGGCACGGAGGCUGCUGCUGCCUCAGCUGCGGUGAUUGUGGAGUGCUGCCUGGAGGCCGGGCCCCGGUUCUGCACGGACCACCCUUUCCUAUUCUUCAUCAGGCACAACGCAGCCAACAGCAUCCUGUUUUGUGGCAGGUUUUCCUCUCCAUGAGGGAGCACUUACCAAGCAUGUGAGCAAGCCUUCUUUCUGUGUCCCCAGCCCUACUCUGAAGCCCAGGGCAGGCACCUCACCAGCACAAAGGAUCUACCAGCACCAUUUCAUUGUGGCCCUGCUCUGUCUCCACACGCCAACCACACUCUUACACAACUCAGUCAGGAUCAGGGACAAGGGGCCUUAUUGACUCCCUGCUGUAUUUAAGAUGCAGUCCAGAUCACGGAGGACGCUUGCAAAGCUUUCCUGUGUGGCCCCAAACUUGUUCUCCACCCAUUCCGUGUACAAUCCAUUCUAGCCGCUCUGUGCUCGUCCUUGUAUCUCAGAUUUUAUCACUUAUUUGCCCUAACCGUUUCAGUCGUAAUAAAUGCUGUUAGGUAUUACUAUUUUAUUGUUGUGUGUGGACUUUUUAAAAAGUUACUUUAAUGCACAUUUUUAUUUUAUUAUUUUUCAGCAUUCAUGCAUCAUCAGGUAUGUGCCAAACACUGCAUUAGGCACUGGGGACUAGAGGUCUUGUCCUUUGACACCUAGCUUUAAUGUGUAGCUCUUAUGACAACCAGCUUGAGCUCUUUGUGAUUGUUAAGGUUGUAUGUCAACUUGGCUAGGCCAUGAUUCUCAGUAAUUUGGCAGUUGUAUAAUAAUGUAAUGACUUUAUGAUGAGAUCUGAUAUAAUGUGAUCACCUCCAUCAUGGGAUCUGCCAUGAGUAGCCAAUGACUUGAAAGGGAGUUUCCUUUUGGUGUGGCCUGCAUCCAGUGUAGGCGGACUUUCUGUCAAGGCUCGCAGGCUUUUGCUGGCUCCAGAUCCUGUAACAGGCUCCAAUGCAUCUUACCUCUGGUUCUUAGGACUUGAGCUAGCAGCUUGCCUGCCAGUCUUAGGAUUCUCAGCUCUGUGGUCUGGAUUUUGGGUUUGGCAGCCCCUGCAGCUGUGUGAAUCGGGAGAAGCCUCUAGCCUGACUCACAGACUUGGGACUUUCCAGCCUCCACAACCACAUGAGCCAUUUCCUUUAUAUAAAUCUCUCUCUGGUUUUGCUUCUCUAGAGAACCCAGCCUAAGACAUUUGGUACCAAGAGUGGUUCUAGAGGAACAAAAUUGUACAUAUAAGCUUUCUCAAUUGGUUCUCAGGUCUGGUUAUUCUUAAAGAUGUUGAUGACUCUGCUUCUGGUACCAAAAAGGGCACUGCUUAUCUGUGACGUGAGGUGGCAAUAGAAAUAUGCAAAAUAUCAUCACCAAUAGAUUAGGUAUUGGUAAGAGACAAGGCUCUGGGUGAUUGUAUGUUUGAUACUUUUCUACAAUUUUGACAUAAUGAGAGGUAUCAGGAAACUGAUUGGUUGGUCCUACUUUCACUAGACGAAGUGGUGAAAGAAAAGAUGAACUCAGGGCUUCAAAGUCAAAGCUCAAGCACUGCAUAAAUGACCUCAAAGUUUCCACUUGUGCCUUGAAAGAAAGCCUUAUUUCUUAUGGUAACAGAGCAGAUAUUGCCAAAAACCAAACCCAGAGUCUUAUCAUAAGAGUGGCUGAAUUACAAGGCCAACUGAAUUCCCAACCUUGAGUGGUGUCUGAAGUUAAAGUGAGGGCAUUGAUUGGGAAGAAAUGGAAUCUUGAAACUUGGAAUGGAGACAUAUGCGCAGAUAAUCAGGAAACUGGGGACACUGAGCACCUAAAUUCCAUUGAAUCAGCCCUGCCAAAAGACCAUGCCCUCUCAUUCCCAUCUGAAGAAAUUACGCCAUCUUUGUCUGUUAAGCCCCCCUCCUCAGUAAAACCAUUAGCCCCUAAACCCACAUCUGAUGAGAUUAACCCAACUGUGUCUGAAGAAACUUUGAGUCAUUGCCUGGGUCAUUGUCUGAGGCAGAUGCCUUACAAGACAGUGCUAAAUGUUCUCAAAACCCAUUUUGGCUUCUAGACCUAUAACUAGACUUAAGUCCCAGCAAGCCCCAAAAGGUGACCUAGGAGGAGGUAUGCUAUGCUCCCAAAAAAACUGCUUGUCUUUUCUAAUACAUACAUACAGAAACCUGGGGAAUAUGUGCGGGAAUGGCUAUUAAGGGUGUGGGAUAAUGGUGCAAGGAACAUAAAGAUGGGUCAGUCUGUGCUUAUUGAUAUGGGCCCACUAAACACAGAUUUUUCCUUCAGUGUUUCAGCUCAAGAGGCUGGAAAAGAAUAAU